ACCUUUUACUUCUAAAUAAUAGCAACAGACAGCGGCGGCGACCGGCGACGAGGUGUAAAUAGAACCCCAUUUUGCCGCGCCGAGCGCGUAGGCAGGCGCUCGAACCUUCCAGUCCGCCAUGCCCCACGCAGCCGCCGCCGCGAGGCUUACCCGCGACGCUCUCCUCGGCAUCGCCUCGCCGCUCCGCGACUCCCUUGCAGCGGCGCCAUACGAGCCCCCCGCGGGCUCAUCCGCCUGCAUCAAGUCCCUCCUUGCCUCCCUCCUCCCUUACCCUACACAGCCCCAGCCCCAGCCCCCGGCGGGUAAGGAGACCGCCGACCUCCUCCUCUUCUGUGCCGCCGUCCUUUCCGCCUCCCCGGAGUCCCCCGCGCUGCACUGGGUCCCGGCAGGCCUCUCGGGGGCGGCCGCCGCCGCGACGGAGGAGAUGGCGGCGGCGGGCGGGUGGGGCGGCGUCGGGGAGAUGGCGGUGGCGAUGGUACCGGAGGUGGUGCCGCCUCUCAAGGCCGUGGUGAAGGGGACGUGCGUUGACGCUGACAACGACGAGAUUGGCGUUGUGAAGCCGCCCAAGGAGCACGCCGUGGUUGCCGCGCACCAGUUCCGGUGGCUGGUGUCUCAGGUUAGUUACCCCAAGCUUGGGGAUUUGUGUUGGUUAGUCAUUCCGUGUGCUCUGACAACCUUGGAUCAUUGGUCACCAGAAGUUAAGGAACAGGGAAUGGUUAGCUUCAUGCACAUAGCGAAGAACGUGAAAGUAACAGAAUUAAGUUUGUAUGAAGAUGCCAUACUUGAUGCAUGCUGCCAUAACAUUCCUGCCGAUGAUGAGUUAUGGUAUCAUGUUCUUGAGGUAUCUGUGCUGUUGUUGACUUGCACCCAGCGAAGUAAUCCCCGUAGCCCUUGGUAUGAUCGAAUGCUCAGUGAGAUGUUGGGCCACCUAGAACGGCAGCCAUUAAAUAAAGAACGUCGCAUUGCAUGGCUAACCCUUAUUGGGCCAGUUUUUAAUGCUAUGGGCCUCUUCCUAUUGGCACAUUUCCGUCGCCUUUUCUCACUCUUUUUUCAAUGGAUGCAUACUGAUGAUGAUAAAACAGUUCUUCUGGUUUUGGAGCAAAUCCAUGCCAUUAUCAAGCUUACCUGGAUCAGGAAAUCGCCUUAUACUUCAAGGCUGGUGGACGAGCUUGUUCUUUUAUAUAAAGAGUCAGCGACAAGAAGCAUCCGUGAGGUCAUGCGAAAUCAUAUCCUAGAAAUGCUUGUACUGCUUCAGAAAUGCAAGGGACAGCAGUUUGAGGAAGCUUGGAAGAAGCAUGAACUUGACCCAGACUUAACAAUGCUGCUGUCUUGUUUCAAUCAGCUUUGUAUAAAAAGUAGUUCUCCAGGAUGUUGAGUUUAACGUGGUAUUCUCAGUGUAAAUAGUUCAUCAUUGCCUGUUCUGCCAUUCUGGUCUACAGAACGAAAUCAGACUAUUGUUGUGGCAAUUCUCAUUCAAAAUUUCGAACUAUCUUUAGGGGCAGCUGGGCAAGUAUGAUCAACAUUC